GGGCCUCCACACCAAGCUGCUCGGGCUGCGGGAGGUUUUCCAAUGCUGGUCAUUUCUUCUACUAUGGCGAAAGCAGCACUGCUGGCAUCAGAAGCUGCGCGAGGAGGAGCGCGAGGUGCAGACUGCAUGGCUGGAUGUGCAGGAAGCUCAGGUGGAGCAGCAGAUAGAAGAGCAACAACUUCAACAGCGUAUAGUCGACCUGGAGGCUGUCCUUCAAGCCCGAAAUGACUGGAUGGCAGGGUAUGAGGAGCAGCAGGCAGAUCGCUUCAUCCGGCUCCGGCGGCAUUGCUUGUUAACGGCCUGCAUCUCCGGUCAGCAAUUGUCGAAGAUGUGGGUCUGGUCCCUCUGGCGCUUUGCACUUCUUCCUCGCAGCCGCCAGCUCCCGGUGGCACAGCGUCUGGAGACCAGAUACAGGGCCAUGGCUCUUGUUGAUGCUUGGGCUGCCUGGGUGGCACUGCAGCACCGCCGGAAUCGAACCCAGGGUAGGCUUCAAGAAAUGGCCGACCACUCACGGACGUGGGCUUCAAACCUGCUACACAGCUGCCUUGGGCAGGAGCGCACGCGGGUACUUUGGUCCGUGGUUUCGGCCUGGCGGUUCUUUACCGACUUCCGUGUCGCGCUGGCCAAAGAUGCCGCUUUCCGA